UGAGUGAGUGGAUGCAGCAGGAUGCUGAGCUGAACAGCUGAUUCUGUGCAUUUAACCAGUAUGGACAGCUCCAUUCCGCUAACCUAGCAUCUAUUGCAGUAUAUAAAGGGAACCAUUUCCACUAAACGCAGCAAAGGAAAACGCACCAGCCUCACGAUGGAGCGUCUUCUUCACUCACCUGGCCGGACACGGGACGAGUACCGGUACCAAACGGCGCGUCCUUCAUCACAGCUCACCUCAAGGUCUGCCUCUAGCCAUGGGUCACCAGCACCGCUGAGAGGUAACGAAAUCCUAAGCGAAUUCGCCGCUAAACCGGCAGAUAGCUUCGAUUAUUUAAACAAAUAUGCAGGUGGAAUGAAUCUGAGGAAAAUUAGUGAGAAAGAAUUACUGCAGGGGCUCAAUGACCGCUUCGCGGGAUUCAUCGAGAAGGUGCAUCACCUGGAAAACCAAAACAGAGCACUAGAGAAAGAAAUUGAGUCCAUUAGACUGAGAGCAAAAUCCUCUGCCUCUCUGUCCAAAGAGUAUGAAUCAGAACUUAGUAGUCUGAGAGAUCAAGUCCAUGAGAUGGGCCUUCAAAAGCAUCAGAUUGAGAUAAACCGCCAGAACCUGGAGGACGAGUUUAACACUUUGAGAGAAAAGUACGAGAGAGAGGCUCGUGGUCGAGCUGAUGCCGAGGACAGCAUUUCAGUACUAAAGAAGUGCGUUAAUGACGCGUACCUAGCCAAACAAGAGAUGGACAAAAAAGCUAAAGCUCUCGAAGAGGAGAUCGGCUUCUUGAAGAAAAACCACGAAAGCGAGGUUGCCGAAAUGAUUGUUCAAAUCCAAGAGGGUCAUGUGACUGCAGAAAUAACAGAUUUUAGUAGAAGUGAUGUCACUGCAGCUCUGAGAGACAUCAGGAUGCAACUUGAAGGUCACACCGACUCUGACAUCCGAUAUGCCGAGGAACGCUUUCGAGCGCAGCUCGCUAAACUGACCAGAGCUGCUGAGGUCAACAGAGAAACGCUCAUGGCCACUAAAGCAGAGAUUAAUGAACACAGGAGACAGCUCCAGUCCAGGAACACUGAGCUCGACUCUGUCAAAGGUGUGAGAGAAGCGCUGGAGAGGCAGCUGUAUGACCUCGAGCAACGGCACAAUGCUGAAAUCCAUCACUACCAGGACACAAUCAGAGAGUUGGAAUUUGAGCUGAAAAAUGCGAAAUACGACAUGAGCAGUCAUCUGAGGGAGUACCAGGACCUUCUCAAUGUCAAAAUGGCACUGGAUGCUGAAAUUUAUUCCUACAGAAAACUUUUGGAGGGUGAAGAGUCAAGGUACUCUACAAUCUCAGAUGCUCAUAUUUCAGUACCAUACAUUUACAGACAGUCACCCAUCUAUACUCUCCCUUGUGUCAAAAGGCAGGGGGGAGCUCGAAAAGCAGAGCCUCAGUACAAAUUUGUUGAAGAGAUUAUUACAGAGACAACCAGAGAAGAUGUGGAGAUAUCAGACACUGGCUCUGAAAAGAGUGGGGAGGAGAGAGAGGGUGACAAACCAGAUGAGGACAGCAGUGAGAAAGAUGCACAGGGUGAAACUCCACAAGAGGUGGAAGAUAUUGAAGAACCAGCCAUGGAGAACGGCAAAGAAGCCAGUGCUGAGUUAGAGACGGAGGAAACUGAAGUCAAACCAAGUGAUGAAAAAGAUGAUGAGCCAGCUGAAAAAACUCCAGAUGAUUCUGAGGUACAAAAAGAUGCUGACUCUGAACCAACUCAGGAGUCUACAGAAGAAGCCACUGAUGAACCAGAUAAAGAUGAGAAAUUAGACACAAAAGACAAAGACCUGAAGGAUAAUGUGCAGGGAAAAGUAGAGGAACCUGACGAGGAAAACAAACAAGUUGAAGAGACAGAGAAAGAUGUUCCCAAACCAGAUCUUUCCGAAACGCAAGAAAUGCCAGAGAAAUCAAAAACUGAAGACAAACCAUCUCAGGAACCACAAGAUCCUGAAGCAACAACUGAAGUAAACACUAAACCUGGUGGACAGACUGUUGAGAUAACUUCUCCAAAAACUGAAGAUGCUAAAAUCUCAUCUCAAGAAUCUACAACUGCAAAAUCAGUAGAGGAAGAGAAAGAAUCAGCACCAGUGCAACCUGUAGAGGAGGAUACUCCAAAACCAGAUAAACAAGCAGCUCCUGAACAUGCUGAGAAUGGAAAACAGGAAACAAAGGAGGAUACUUCUGCAAAAAAAGACAAAUCUGAUACUGUAAAGGAAGAAACUAAGAAAUCUGAGCCUAUGGAAAAAGACCAAGUGGAUAACAAUAAACUAACAGAGAAAACUGUGGAGAAAAAGCAAGAGGAUCAAUCAAAUAAAGAUGAAAAAGAACAUAAACCGGAAGGGUCUGUAAAAGAUAGCAAAGUUGAAGUGGUAGACAAUGUCAAAACAGAGAAAGAUGAAAGUAUUAAGACUACAGAACCAGAAAAGACACAAAAAGAGGUUUCAAAGGAUGCUGAAAAACAAUCACAACCUGAACAGUCAAAGAAACAGGAGGACAGCAAAAGCACUAGCAGUCUAGAAAGUGUGACAACUGGUAAGCCUAAAGAAACAGAAGAGACACAAGAAGACCUUUCCAAAGUUGCUGAAGAAAAACCACAACCUCAAAAGUCACCAAUCCAGGAGGACCACAAAAGUGUAGACAGCACCGAAACAGAUAAGAUUGAACACGCUAAACCUGAAGAAACAGAAAAGACACAAGAAGACCUUUCCAAAGUUGCUGAAGAAAAAUCACAACCUGAAAAGACACAAACACAGGAGGACCACAAAAGUGUAGACAGCAUCAAAAUGGAAAAGGCUGAACAUGCUAAGCCGGAAGAAACAGGAAAGACACCAGAAGAACUUUCUAAAGUUGAAGAAGAAAAAUCACAACCUGAAAAGACACAAACACAGGAGGACCACAAAAGUGUAGACAGCAUCAAAAUGGAAAAGGCUGAACAUGCUAAGCCGGAAGAAACAGGAAAGACACAAGACCUUUCGAAGGUUGCAGAAGAAAAACCACAACCUGAAAAGACACAAGAGGACCGCAAAAGUGACAGUGUAGAAACACAAAAGGUUGAACACACUAAGCCUAAAGAAACAGAAAAGACACCGGAACAACUUUCUAAAGUUGAAGAAGAAAAAUCACAACCUGAAAAGUCACAGAUCCAGGAGGACAAAAAAGGUGACAGUGUAGAAACAGAAAAGGUUGAACACACUGAGCCUAAAGAAACAGAAAAGACACCAGAAGAACUUUCUAAAGUUGCAGAAGAAAAAUCACAACCUGAAAAGUCACAGAUCCAGGAGGACAAAAAAGGUGACAGUGUAGAAACAGAAAAGGUUGAACACACUAAGCCUAAAGAAACAGAAAAGACACCAGAAGAACUUCCUAAAGUUGAAGAAGAAAAAUCACAACCUGAAAAGUCACAGAUCCAGGAGGACAAAAAAAGUGACAGUGUAAAAACAGAAAAGGUUGAACACGCCAAGCCUAAAGAAACAGAAAAGACACCAGAAGAACUUUCUAAAGUUGAAGCAGAAAAAUCACAACCUGAAAAGUCACAGAUCCAGGAGGAGAAAAAAGGUGACAGUGUAGAAAAAGAAAAGGUUGAACACACUAAGCCUAAAGAAACAGAAAAGACACAAGAAGAACUUUCUAAAGUUGCUGAAGAAAAAGCACAACCUCAAAAGUCACCAAUGCAGGAGGACCGCAAAAGUGUAGACGGCACCGAAACAGAAAUGGUUGAACACACCAAGCCUAAAGAAACAGAAAAGACACAAGAAGAACUUUCUAAAGUUGAAGAAAAAUCGCAACCUGAAAAGUCACAGAUCCAGGAGGACAAAAAAAGUGACAGUGUAAAAACAGAAAAGGUUGAACACGCUAAGCCUAAAGAAACAGAAAAGACACCAGAAGAACUUUCUAAAGUUGAAGAAAAAUCGCAACCUGAAAAGUCACAGAUCCAGGAGGACAAAAAAGGUGACAGUCUAGAAACAGAAAAGGUUGAACACACUAAGCCUAAAGAAACAGAAAAGACACAAGAAGAACCAUCCAAAGUUGCAGAAGAAAAAUCACAACCUGAAAAGUCACAAAUACAGGAAGUCCACAAAAGUGACAGCACCAAAACAGAAACGGUUGAACAUGUCAAGCCUAAAGAAACAGAAAAGACACAGGAGGACCUCUUCAAAGAGGAAAAAUCACCUGAGAAAUCAAAGAAACAGGACAGCAAAAGUGAUAGCAGUGCUGAAAGUGUGACAACAAGCGGAGGGGAAGCUAAAGUCACAGAGAAGCAGGUUGAUGAAACACCGAGUAAUCAACCCCCCAAAGCCCAGGAAAUAACAUCUGAUGCAAAACCUGAGCAAAAGAAUGCUGAAGAAAGCAAAGAGAAGAUGCCUGAAAAAGCUGAAGAGGUGGACAGUUUGACGACGAAAGGCAGUGAAACCAGCAACGAUGUUAAAAGUGAAGAAACUGUCCCAAAAGACAAAGAAUCUGACAGUGUUGCACAUGAAGUGAAGGCUGCAAAAUCUGACACGUCAACCACAACAGAAACCAAAGCUCUUGAGAAGACAGAGCAGGUCAAAGACAGCAGCAAGGAGGACACACAAAGGUCCAGAAGAAACAACUAAACCCUCUAGUGUAAAAUAGAAUAUAAACAGAAAAAAUAUUGAUUAAAAUGCCUUUGAAAAUAGAGAAUGUUCAAAUAGCAACCUUGACAAAUCUUGAGCAUGACUUUUAGAAACUGCUUUCUGGAAGUGUGAUGUUUCUGAUGCAAGAUGCAUGCGUACACUGUGAUCUGUGUAUAUAAUGAAUGUGUAUGAGGAAUGUAUAAGAUUUUAUUUUGCUACAUCCCUUCAGCCAGAUGUAUGUAUUAAAACUGCAAUACAUUAACUGAAUAAAUAU